UGCUCCUCAGCCUGUGAUGACAAACACUGGGGCCGAAACUGCAGUAAUCAGUGCAAGUGUGAGAACGGAGCGCUGUGCGAUCCAGUGAAGGGGACGUGUCAGUGUCCCCCGGGCUUCAUAGGACGCCACUGCGAGGACUCGUGUCCAGCGGGCAGCUUUGGGAAGGGCUGUCUGCAGAGGUGCAAGUGUGGGACCGGAGGAUCCUGUGAUCGACAAACAGGAGAGUGCUCCUGUCGGGGAGGAUUCACCGGGACAUUCUGUGAGACGGCGUGUUCCAGGAAGUGUCAGGCACGCUGCCCCUGCCAGAACGACGGUAUCUGUCGGGGCAAAGGGUUCUGUGACUGCCCCCCUGGAUGGACGGGGGCGGUCUGCACGGAGCGAUGCUCAGAGGGAUGGUUUGGACCGAACUGUAAAGAGGAGUGUGUUUGUCACAACAGGGGGAAGUGCGACCCAGAAACUGGACAGUGCCAGUGCGCUAAAGGUUUCACCGGUAACAGGUGCAACGAGGAGUGUGCGGCAGGCAGUUACGGUCAGGACUGUGGCAGCGUGUGCGACUGUGCAAACGGCGCUCGCUGUUACAACAUCGACGGAGGCUGUCUGUGCGAGCCGGGCUUCAGGGGCCCGCACUGCAGGGACAGGAUGUGCGCCCCCGGCAAAUACGGCAUGCAGUGUGAACACACGUGUCUCUGCGAGGACAAACACACACUCAGCUGCCAUCCAAUGAAAGGAGAGUGCACGUGCCAGCCGGGCUGGGCAGGACUGUACUGCAACGAGAAGUGCGCUCAUGGUUUCUAUGGUCACGGUUGCCUGGAGCCGUGUCUGUGUGUGAAUGGAGGGGUGUGUCAUAGCGCCACUGGGCGAUGCCAGUGUGCCCCGGGGUUCACGGGGGUUCAUUGUGAGAGUCCGUGUAAAAGCGGCACCUACGGCAAAAACUGCUCCCUGGAGUGUUCCUGUAAGAACUCUGUCGACUGCUCAGCCAUCGACGGGAUGUGCUUCUGCAAAGAGGGCUGGCGAGGAGUGGACUGUUCCACCCCGUGCUCUGAGGGAACCUGGGGCCCAGGAUGCAACGCCACCUGCCACUGCGCCAAUGGGGCAAAAUGUCACCCCGCAGACGGAUCCUGCACCUGCACCGCCGGCUGGCAGGGGCCGCACUGUGACCAGCCAUGCCCUGUGA